ACGAUAUGCCAGGAUUAUGCACCGAUAUCGUUUCACAUAGACUACCAAUUGAUCCCACCUGCCUGCCCGUUAAACAAAAGACAAGAAAGUUCAAGCCAGACUUGAGUCUAAGGAUCAAAGAAGAGGUAACCAAGCAGAUUGAGGCGAACAUUGUGAGGGUCACAAAUUACCCCACUUGGUUGGCAAAUAUAGUACCAGUGCCAAAAAAGGAUGGAAAGAUCAGAAUAUGUGUGGACUAUCGAGAUCUCAACAGAGCUAGUCCUAAGGAUGAUUUCCCUCUCCCAAAUAUCCAUAUACUCAUUGACAAUUGUGCAAAACAUGAAUUGCAAUCAUUUGUCGAUUGUUUCGCGGGAUAUCACCAGAUAUUGAUGAAUGAAGACGAUGCAGAAAAGACAGCAUUUAUCACUCCAUGGGGGGUGUAUUGCUAUAGAGUAAUGCCAUUUGGCCUAAAAAAUGCUGGCGCAACCUACAUGAGGGCCAUGACCGCUCUUUUCCAUGAUAUGAUCCACAAGGAGAUUGAAGUAUAUGUGGACGAUAUCAUUAUCAAAUCCAAGAGGAGUUCGGAUCACUUAUAUGAUUUGCAAAAAUUCUUUGAGAGGUUACGAAAGUAUAAUCUUAAAUUGAAUCCAGCAAAGUGCGCAUUUGGAGUACCUGCAGGAAAACUGUUAGGAUUCAUUAUUAGCAGGAGAGGCAUAGAGUUGGAUCCCUCUAAGAUCAAGGCAAUUCAAGAAUUACCUCCCCCGAAGACCAGGAAGGACGUGAUGAGUUUCUUGGGAAGGCUUAACUACAUCAGUCGGUUCAUAGCACAAUCCACAGUAAUUUGUGAACCCAUUUUCAAAUUACUUAAGAAGGAUGCUGCCACAAAAUGGAUGGAGGAAUGUCAAAGGGCUUUCGACAAAAUCAAAGAAUAUUUGUCCAACCCGCCAGUAUUAGUCCCACCUGAGCCCGGGAGGCCGUUGCUACUAUACUUAUCUGUCAUGGAUAAUGCAUUUGGAUGCGUAUUGGGACAACAUGAUCAGACAGGUAGAAGAGAGCAAGCCAUUUACUACUUGAGCAAGAAGUUCACACCGUAUGAGGCAAGAUAUACCUCGUUGGAACGAACAUGUUGUGCUUUGACUUGGAUCGUGCAGAAAUUUAGGCAUUACCUGUCUGCAUACACCACGUACUUAAUCUCAAGAUUGGAUCCACUCAAGUACAUCUUUCAGAAACCAAUGCCUACAGGUAAAUUGGCAAAAUGGCAAAUUUUGUUGAGCGAGUUCGACAUUGUGUACGUGACACAGAAGGCCAUCAAAGGACAAGCCUUGGCUGACCACCUCGCAGAAAAUCCAGUGGAUCAAGAUUAUGAGCCUCUAAAAACUUACUUCCCUGAUGAAGAAGUAUUAUUUGUAGGAGAAGACGUAUCAGAACGAUACGAUGGUUGGAGGAUGUUUUUUAAUGGAGCAUCAAAUUCCAAAGGAGUUGGAAUAGGAGCGGUUUUAAUUUCAGAAAAGGGUCAAUAUUACCCAAUUUCAGCCAAGAUUAGGUUUGAUUGCACCAAUAACAUGGCAGAGUAUGAAGCUUGUAUUCUCGGACUUAGAAUGGCCAUAGACAUGAACGUCAAAGAGCUUUUGGUCAUAGGUGAUUCUGAUUUAUUGGUUCAUCAGGUGCAAGGAGAAUGGGCUGCUAAGAAUGUGAAGAUCCUUCCUUAUUUGCAUUGCAUAAAGGAGUUGAGUAGGAGAUUCACAAAGAUUGACUUCAAACAUGUCCCUCGAGCUCAAAAUGAAUUUGCCGAUGCUUUGGCAACAAUAUCCUCAAUGAUUCAACAUCCGGACAAGAAUUACAUCGACCCUAUUGAAGUAAAGUUAUAUGAUCGACAUGCAUAUUGUUUUCAUGUUGAUGAGGAAUUGGAUGGAAGACCAUGGUACUAUGACAUCAAGAGAUUGAUAGAAGCACGAGAAUAUCCCGAAAAUGCCACCAGCAAGCAAAAAGGGACUCUGAGAAGGAUGGCCAAUCAUUUCUUUCUUAAUGGAGAAAUUUUGUAUAGGAGGACUCCAGAUUUAGGAUUGCUAAGAUGUGUUGACGCCAAGGAAGCGACGAGACUUUUAGAAGAAAUACAUGCAGGAACAUGUGGACCUCAUAUGAAUGGGUUCACUCUGGCUAAGAAGAUCUUAAGAGCUGGAUAUUUUUGGAUGACCAUGGAGAGAGAUAGCAUUCGAUACGUGCAGAAGUGUCAUCAAUGCCAAGUGCAUGGAGAUUUUAUACGAGUUCCACCAAAUGAGCUCAAUGUUAUGGGUUCCCCAUGGCCAUUUUCUGCUUGGGGCAUGGAUGUAAUUGGACCCAUAGAGCCUCCUGCAUCAAAUGGACAUCGUUUCAUCCUUGUGGCUAUCGAUUAUUUUACAAAAUGGGUCGAAGCUUCGACAUAUAAGGCAGUAACUAAGAAAGUCGUGGCAGAUUUUGUUCGUAACAAUAUCAUUUGUCGAUUCGGGAUUCCAGAAUCAAUUAUAACAGAUAAUGCGGCAAAUCUCAACAGCGAUCUUAUGAAGGAAAUUUGUGAGCGAUUCAAGAUUACUCAUCGAAAUUCCACAACUUAUCGGCCACAGAUGAAUGGAGCAGUUGAAGCAGCAAACAAGAACAUCAAGAAGAUUUUGAGGAAAAUAGUGGAUGGUCACAGACAAUGGCAUGAGAAGUUACCAUAUGCUCUGCUCGGUUAUCGUACCACAAUCAGAACUUCCACUGGGGCAACUCCUUAUAUGUUGGUUUAUGGUUCAGAAGCAGUAAUACCUGCUGAAGUGGAAAUACCAUCUUUAAGGAUUAUUCAAGAGGUCGGUUUAGAUGAUACAGAAUGGAUUCGCAGCAGGAUUGAACAGUUGAUGCUCAUUGAUGAGAAAAGAAUGGAUGCAGUUUGUCAUGGUCAACUUUACCAAAAUAGAAUGGCCAAAGCAUUUAACAAGAAGGUCAACCCUCGACAGUUCACACCAGGACAAUUAGUAUUGAAGAAGAUAUUUCCUCACCAAGGAGAAGCUAAAGGAAAAUUUGCACCAAACUGGCAAGGUCCUUACAUGGUUCAUAGAGUAUUAUCUGGAGGAGCAGUAAUCUUGGCAGAAAUGGACGGUACAGUGAGCACGAAGCCAAUCAACUCAGACUCCAUCAAGAAGUACUACAUCUGAAGACAUCAAGACUAGCUUUCAUUUUUUUUUUACUCUUACAUUCCAUAUAAACAGAACUACGUCUCGACCUGACUUCCCACGGUGGGGUACGUAGGCAGCCCACAUCGGGUUCGGUCCUCUUUUAGAAAAUCCAAAAACAUCAUUUCCAUGUAUUUAGAACUACGCUCGACCUGACUUCCCUCGGCGGGAUACGUAGGCAAUCCUUGCCGGAUUCGGUCCCUUUAUAGUUUAACUUUUCUAUUGUACUCGAACUACGUCCUGACCUGAUUCCACUUGGAUACGUAGGCAACCUUAAGGGUUCGGUCAUACCUUAGAAAACUCUCCUUUAGUUAGGUAUCAUUAGAACGUGAAGGAUCUCGCGAAUAAAUCAAGAGAAGCAUCGUCACAAGACAAGACUACAAGAAAGAUUACAUUUGGAUAUGGAGAAGCAUGAUGGACUCCAAAUCAUGUCAUAACCUUAAGAUGAUCCAGGAUUACUCUCUCUCUCUCUCUCUAUAUAUAUAUAUAUAUAUAUAUGAUGAUAUACUCUUUUGUCUAAAAACAAACUACUAUUUUUAUUUAUUUAUUU